AUGUCACGUCUGAUACCGAGAAGUCCUGUCUCCCAAGUGCGAGUAUCUCUUCGGUACCUCCUCCUUCAUCCAUGCUAUCGGAACAUUCAAAAAGGGGUAGAGAAACUGUCGUUGGAUGGUCUCGUCGCGGCCGAAUCUGCAGAGCGCGUUUUACGGACUCUGUUCACCGCUUACCUAGGUACUCAGGCACCUCUACUCUUGAAACAGGCUCUUACACUCCCAGCAACAGUCGAACGUAGCGCGAAGCUACGGCUUCGCGCUGGUGCAAUCUCUGACUAUCACAAUGAUCAUCUAAACACUUACUCUGGGCCUUUCUGGCCAUGGGAAGAGAGUUACUUGGGCUUUUCUGGCUCAGGUCAAUGGCCGACAGACACUUACUCGCUGUUUAAUUGGGACGACAUCUCGUUGAGUCCGGGCACGCUCGAGUCAAACCCAGACUCGGCUGCCUUUGGACCUUCAGACGCCUUCGGCAUCUCGCUAUGUUCGGGUGGCCAAGGAUCGGAAUCCGGUUCGGCUGCUUUAGGACCGUCACCCCUAGAUGUCUCCCUCUUUGACUUCGAGGACUUGCCCGUUGGUUCAAAUGACCUGAGUGUUGGUUUUGAAGACUCUUCCAUCCGACCGAUCGAUGCUAAUCUACUGGAUCCAUUUUCAAAUCUCCAGCCUUCCCCUCAGCGAUGGGACAUGUCUCGGCCCGCUCCUACACCUACUCUUGAGCCCUUCACACUCCUAUCAAGAGAGACUACUGCGGAAGCUAUGUCACGAUUAGCUCUGCCGCUCGCGAGCAUGCCCCAUCGGUCCAUCGAGGGACCGUCAUCCGAAGUUUCUUCCGACCUCUCGUCUCGAGCGCGAUCCACCGAGGAUUCACACUCUGACGUCGCUCCGGACCCCUCAUGUCGAACGCUUCCCCGCCCAAUUGAGCGUGCUGUACUCCGAUUUGCAUGCAAGGUUCCCAGUUGCUCUGCCCGCUUCCUCCAGCGUCGGCAACUUGAGUGA